AUGGAGCAGAAAACUAGUAAAUCAGUGAAGGAAAACCAGGAACAAACCUGCCACAUCUGUUCAAAAGUCAUUAAACGUAAAAGUAACUUUCUAAUACAUCUCAAGUCCCACGAUCCAACAUACAGCAAAGUCAUAAAAAAGGACCAUCUAUGUCACAUCUGUGGUAAAAAGCUCAUUAGUAUAUCAGAACUUAACAUACAUGUUCGAUCUCAUUUCAACAUGAUAGCAGACUCCUGUGAAAUUUGUGGAAAAUCUUUUUUGAGACGAUCCACAUUAAACAGGCAUAUACGCACUGUACACAGUACAGAACGUACCUACAAAUGUGAACUCUGCCCCAAGUCGUACACAGCGAAGUGUACUUUGAUGAGACAUCAGAGGUCACACAGUGAUCCCUCAACACACUUUGAAUGUUCUUUCUGCAAUAAAAAGUUUGCACUCAAGGAUGUACUUGCACAGCAUGAAAUGACUCAUACCCCAUUGUACGGGAAAAAUUUUCAUUGUACCAUGUACAUGUGUUCAGCUAAAUUUGUCAGGCCAUAUCUUUUGAAGCAGCACAUGAGAGUCCACACAAAUGAGAAACCAUAUAUCUGUGAGUGUGGAAAAGGCUUCAGUCAAAAAGGUAACCUCAGUGUCCAUCAGAAAACUCACCAAGGCUUCAAGAAGUUUCAAUGUACACAGUGUGACAGAGGGUUUAGCAGGGUUGAGUACCUACAGAGACAUGAGAAAGAGCAACACUCCGAGGAACCCAAGCUCUUAAAGAGGAAAAUCAAACUGAGUUCCAAAACUAAGAAAUCAACAUCUCUUGAACGCAAAACUAAGAAAUCACCAUCUCUUGAAUGCAAAACUAAGAAAACACCAUUUCUUGAACGCAAAACUAAGAAAUCACCAUCUCUUGAUCCUGAAACCAAGGAAUCGCCAUCUCUUGAUCCUGAAGCCAUGAAAUCGUCAUCUCUUGAUCCAGAAGCCAAGAAAUCACCAUCUCUUGAUCCAGAAGCCAAGAAAUCACCAUCUCUUGAUCCAGAAACUAAGAAAUCGCCAUCUCUUGAUCCUGAGGCCAAGGAAUCACCAUCUCUUGAUCUGAAAACUGAGAUGUUUGAGUCAGGAGAAUCCCCUUCUGUUAGCCAAGACAAGUCUGACGUUGAAUCAAAAGAAAUCGUUGUGGUUUUUGUUCAUGAGGAACCUGCAAAGUGUGACAUGUAUGUUGAGCUAGACAAUUUUGGUGAGGAGUGUAACAAAGAUGAAACACGAAAUGAGACUGAAAAUGACAAAGGCAUGACAACAGGGAGUACUGUCACUGAAGACCAAACCACAAUUAACCAAUGGAUAACAGAUAUGAAAUAA